AUGCCUUUGCCAGAAAGGGCUAUUGCUUUCUUUAUGUAUCAUUAUGAUCUUGAAUCACCUAGCCAGAACAAAACCGACGAUAUGGGUGUUAUCCUAUUGAAGAGCGACGAGGCAUGGGAGCAUUACCGACUGGCAUUUGAAGCUUGCGCUAUGGCGUCGUUCAUCAAUGAGACGGGUGGGCAGCUUGAAUACAAAAGCUUGACUAUUGAGACAUACAAUAAAGCACUGAUGGCGAUGCAUAGCGCACUUCAAGAUCCAGAUGUCGUUUAUGAGGAUGCAACCUUGGCUGCAGUUUUACUUCUAGCCCUGUUCGAAUGCUUAAAUCCUACGACUGGGGAGCAAGAAAGCUGGCGCAAUCACGUACAGGGUGCUAUUGAAUUGGCCCGAGGACGCGGUCACAAACAGACUGACACCCGAAUUGGACACAUGUUAUUCAGGGCAACCCGCACUUUAAUGGUAAUAUAUAGUCUCGCAACACUGGAAGAUGAAAAGGACAAGGAGCUCUGGUGGUCCGAAGACGAUGAAUACACUUCGACCCAACAGCUUUACGUUGGAGUGGCUUCGCUUGGCGCGGAGGCUACGGCUCUUCUUGGUCCGUCCGGACGUAGAGAAGUAGUCGAAGUCAUGCUUAAGCGGUGUCAAGCUCAUGAUCGAGCUUGCAAAGCCAGGUGGGAGGAGUUGUUAAAGAGUACACAGGGUAUUAGCUCUAACAAUACGGACCCCUGGCUGCUGAUGCUUCUGAAUAUGCUGACAUGUGCACGAAUCCUCCUGAACUCGAUCAUUCUGAAAUGCGCGACCUGGAUUUACAAGGUCCCCAAUUAUCAAACCUCUGAAGAGUAUGAUGGCGCCUGUUCUGCUCUGGCGGAAAUUAUUCUUCACAGCGCCAAGGUCAACGAACAGCAACUCUGCUGGGCCGGAGAAGCGCAGUCCUCGUUUGCGGAACUCGACGUUCAAUUACAGCCUGGCCGGGAUUCGAGCGGAUGCGCCAUCAACAAGUGGAUAGAAGAUAAUAGGGACCUCAGGAAAGAGAAGCCAUUGGUAGGGUUACAACCGUUAGCCCUUAUCUGGUCUUUAAAAUGCCUCACCGAUGACCAGAAAAUCGCCGUCGAUACCCGAUUACAACGCAUCGUGGGAAUCCGUGGGGCCUUACCGCUUCAUGACGAUAGGGCUAGUACGGUGGAGCAAAUACCCCACUCGCCAUCCUAUACCACUGAGGCGUGCACACGACCUUCGCCCAGUCUUUCCGAACCCGCAACGGAUACUCCCGAAGCUAGUUCGCGAGAUUCUUCCCCACCUUCCACGGGACGCUUUCGGUACACGCAAGAGGAUGAUGAUACUCUACUUGAACUUUACAAGGACGGUAUCUCGUGGCGCGAUUCACAAGCCUCCCCAGGCACAUCGUUGAGCAUGGCACAAACGGAUUGA